AGGGUCCUCCCUGAGAGCAGCGUGAACGCGAGACGUAAUUGCUCGGGUCCUGAUUGAUCUGGAGAGGAGGUGUUGUCUUCAGAGGUUGAGCCAUUCCGCGCUCUGAUGCCAAGCGCACAUGGAGGACUGUGCCAAAGACUUCUCUCACCUGGCGAGCCCGCCGUCCACGGACCUUGGAUUGCCUUCAUAACAGGACAGCAACCCUAUUUAUGUCCUAGGGAUUCCGAAAGAGCGAAUAUACGCGUUUUAAGACGGGGUUAAACAAGGUGCCGCGGGUCGGAGUGAUUUUUUUUCUCGCCUCGGCGUCUCAGGUUAAGUUGGCACUUAGUUCAAUUUUCACACCAGUCGAGCGCUAUCUAGGCUGUUUGUAGAGACUGCGAGUGCUACUUUGAAGCGCAGAGGAACUAUAGUAUAAGCGAACUUACACCGGACUGUGGAGAAAAAAGUUUGGAGAGCUUCGGGAGCGCGCGCGCUGAGGGUCCGAGUGUCCGUGAGAUGCUGCUGUAAAUGCGGGGCGAUGUCCCGACGGAAGCAAGGCAACCCACAGCAUCUGUCCCUCACGCAGAGGGAGAACCUGCCGACUCCAGCAGAUCAUGACGCAGGGAUGAACCAGUGUCCAUCAGAGGGCUCCAUCUCCAGUCCUGCAGGGGGAGCCAGAGAGAGUGACCUGCUGACCUGCGGCCAAUGCCAAACCAACUUCCCCCUGGGAGAUAUUCUAGUGUUUAUCGAGCACAAGAGGAGACUGUGCCCUGGACCGAGCUCCUGUUUCGACAAACCCAGCGACUGCGGCGGCAGUGGCUCCCCGUCGCCCAGACCCCUGCGGCCGGACGUCUGCCGGAGGUCUGGACCGGUGGAGGUCGGGAUCCAGGUCACACCGAGAGAGGAGGAGGAGAAACGCCUGACGCCUGCCAGAGGAAUCUGCCCCAAGCAGGAGGGCGUCCCAACAGGAAAAGAUGAGCCCUCCAGUUACAUCUGCACCACUUGUAAGCAGCCCUUUACGAGUGCGUGGUUUCUGCUGCAGCAUGCACAGAACACCCAUGGGAUACGCAUCUACCUGGACACCCACCCCACAAGCUGCUCUCUUACUCCUCGCAUGGCUCUUCCUCCACCACUGGGGGCUGAUGCCUUGCCCCGUUCCCCACUUGCCAGCUUUCUGGGUGACGGCAGCAACCCUUUCCAGCUGUUGCGUAUGGGUGCCCCACUGCUACGAGAACCACCACAUGGAUACAUUGAGACCCGCUUGCCAUCUACACCACCCUUUGUAAGCCCUCCCCCACCACGCCAUCCCCUAGAACGCCUUGGCCCAGAGGAGAUGGGUCUUCUGUCCCAACAUCCAAGUGCUUUUGAGCGGGUGAUGAGAAUGACACCAAUGGGCAUCCAUGAACCAUCCAUGGGCUUUUCGCAGCGUCUUCGUGAAUUGGCGGGAAACAACAACAAUGGUGGUCCAACUCCGCCGCUUUCACCCAACCGGGUACCCCCCAUGCAUCGACUUCUCAGCCCCACUCUCUUCCAGCAUGGCUCCAAAGCUCUACCAUUCCUACCCACACCCUCACAGCCACCAUCAAUUCCAUCAAGGGGAAAUUCUUCAUCCCCCCUAAAUCAGGUCGGCAAAGCCAAGUCCUGUGAAUUCUGUGGCAAGACUUUCAAGUUCCAAAGCAACUUGAUUGUGCAUAGACGUAGCCACACUGGCGAAAGACCUUAUAAGUGCCAUCUCUGUGACCAUGCAUGUUCGCAGGCAAGCAAGCUAAAGCGCCACAUGAAGACGCACAUGCACAAAUCAGGCUCUAUGGGGAGUUCACCUGAGCAGGGAGGGCAAGAUUCAGCAGGAGAGGGGCUUAAGAGCUGUGAGGAUAAUGGCAUAAGGGAGGGAAUCGAUAAUGAGGAGGAAGAAGAUGAAGAAGAGGAAGAGGAGGAGGAGGAAGAAGAGGAAGAACAGCAAAAUGGGAGCAGGCCUGAGUCCAACCUAAGUAUGGACUCGGAGUUGAGCAGAAACAGAGAGAAUGGUCCAAGAACCACUCCAGAGGAGAAGCCUCUAGCCACUGAUAGAGUGACAGAAAGCCAAUACAACAACCUCGACAAUCACUUGAGACUGCCACCAGGCAGCAGACCAUGUGAGGGGAUGGACAGAGAUUCACAAGCAAGGGAGAUUGACAGGGACAGACAGCCCAUGGUGAAUGGCAGAGGCUGUGGCCCAGAGGAUUCCAUCUCUGCAAUGUUCCAUCGUAAGCCAAUGCCCAUUUCCAGCUCCAGCCUCUCUGGAUCUUCCGCCAAGAGGAUCAAGGUGGAGAAGGAUGUCGAGCUGCCGCAGGUGCCCAUUAUAUCCCCUGAAAAUGUGUAUUCUCAGUUGCUUGCUGGCUAUGCUGCAUCUCGUCACUUCAUAAGGGAGCCCUUCCUGGGCUUUAAUGACUCUAGGCAAUCACCUUUUGGCACUCCUUCUGAGCACUCUUCAUCUGAAACAGGAAGCCUGCGAUUCUCCACCCCUCCAGGGGAAAUUCUUGAGGGUGGUGGUAUGUCAGGGCGCAGUGACAGCAGUACACCUCACCUCCAUUUGCGGGGUCCUGGGCCAGGAAGGCCACCUAGCUCCAAGGAGAGUCGACGGAGUGACACCUGUGAGUACUGUGGCAAGGUGUUCAAGAACUGCAGCAAUCUGACCGUGCAUCGGCGCAGCCACACAGGUGAGAGGCCUUACAAGUGUGACCUGUGCAGCUACGCUUGUGCCCAGAGCAGCAAGCUUACUCGACACAUGAAGACCCAUGGGCAGUUUGGCAAAGAGGUGUAUCGCUGCGAUAUUUGCCACAUGCCGUUCAGUGUCUACAGCACCCUGGAAAAACACGUGAAGAAGUGGCAUGGUGAGCAUUUGCUGACCAGUGAGGUCAAACUCGAACAAGCUGACAGAGCUUAAGACCACUUAGCGAUGCACUGCAUUAUGGGUUUAGCUGGAUAGUCUUUUUCUUGACUAUAUAUUUUUUGGAGUGUUUUUUGUGUGUGUGUGUGUGUGUGUGUGUGUGAAAAACUGCCACCUGAGAAACAAGAACACAGGGAAAUGUUAGUCUGCGGUUCUAAAAACCCUUCUCGCAUAUCCCAGUAACUAACAGAGGAGUAGUCCACUCGGAAUUGAUGGAGCCUUUCUACUGUGCAAUAAUUUCUGUAUUUAUUGGAUUAUUUGUAAUGACACAUGACAUGUGCCGGUACAUUAUGGAUGGGUUUCUGAUGCAUUCUCUUCCUGAAAUUAUGUUUCUACACCCCAUCUGAUGAUAUGACAAAUACUGAGAUUUUGGCUUUCAGCCAGUUUUGUGUUCUAAACUAGUUUCCUCAAAGGAAACAUGGGUAAUUUCUAAAGAAGAGGUCAACUUCUAAAAAUCAGAGAAAUGUUUCACAUUAUUGUUGCUGUCAGUGGCCACACUCAUCAUGGCUUAUAUUCAGUAGAUAGAUACAAAGCACUGAAUGUCACUUUGACAAUAAAAUAUUCAACAAUUUUAAGGGGCAAAAAACCCAGGGAUGUUUUAAGGCAGCUGACUGCAGUUUGACUGCAUCUGAAAGAUUUUCUUUUGAUAACUUGAAAUGAAAUUAGAUUGAAUGAAAGUUCACCAACUAGUUCAUAUAUACGAAUCACAACAAAAAAUUUCCUGUAUAUAAACAGUGUUGAGGCCACCAGUGUUGCAUUCCUGACUUUUAUUUCCAAAAUAGAUUUUUCAUAGCCAAUAUUUUAGAUUUAAAGAUCAAAAUGUUUACGUUUAAACUAGCAUUCAUUCCACUUCUUCCCUCAUUUAUCUACUUUAAGUGGUUUUCAAACCUUGCAAACAUGGCCAAAUACUUUCAUAAGUAUUAUAUUAGGUUGUUUAUUGUGCAGUCUUGACUAAUUCAAAGUGGAUUAAAUUACCGCUAUUAAUUAUCAAAGGACUGUGUUCAUUUAUAAAAUAAAUUCAUUCUGACAAAAUGGCCGCCAAAUUAAACACAGGUGCUCACCUGAAGAAAUCGUAAACACAGGCCAAUAGUUUGCAGUAGCAUUCCAUGCACCAUCCUGUGCGUUGUUGAAACUGCAAUCACUGAAUUGUGUUGGGGCUCUCUGGAAGCCCUGGGUGACUGCCUGCCCUCUAAAGGAUCCCGGGAUUAAAUCAUUUCCUCAUUACGACCUCUGUUCCCACACACUGAAUCGCCUCCACCUGUCUCCUUUCAUACAUCGUCAGCUCAAAUUUACACGAGCCUCCGUCACUCUUCUCCAUUUGCAUAUUCACUAUUUACAGCGUUCUGCCAUUUAUAUUCAGUGGCUUUUACAGUUUACAUUUGUGACUUGAAUAAAAAAGUUAAGCUAAAGCUGCACAUGCUGCCCUCUUGAAAUGUAAAGAGUGCGUUAAAAAUAAAUGUACAGCACAAGGACGAGCAUCAUUUUUAAAUAUGGAUGUGUAGUUUAUCACCUACUUAGAUCCUUUGCAAACCUCUCUUCGCGUAAAUGACAGGAAGUGGCCAUAACUUGAAAGAAAAUCAGAAGGAAAUGUGUUGUAGUCAAGAAAGCGAGACGAAUUUAAGUGCUAGCAAUGGCUUUUCGGAGACAGACAGAACUAGACAACACGAACGUGCCUCAAAUUGAUAUUCAGCCUUUAUCUUCUGAAGCAGUGCAAACUCUUGAUAGACAACAGAACAAACCUGAACUCAUUUGAAUUCAUUUAGAGGAAUCAAACCAAACACAGUUAAAGGAUUAUUAAAAGAUGGUUGUCCAUUUAUUGGGGAAAUGUAAAGGGUGCUUCAUUUUCAAGGAAACCUCAUAACGCACAGAUUUGAUUGAGAAAAGCCAUUUCUUUAUUCAUUUGUUUAGAUGGAUUUAGAAUUCUUGACAGUGGAGGAUAAACUGGACAAUUGGAAUAAAAAUAGAGCUAUGACACUGUCUACAAAUGAUGUUUACAGUGUUGAAGUAUAAGGAUACUGAGCUCUUCUGUAUAUGUGUUUUAAAUGAGACGAACGUUUUGUCCUCUGUUUUUCUACAAUAUUGAAUAUCAUAGCAGGGUUUUCUCCUUUCCCCCCUUUGUUUCUUUCCCCAUCCCUCCCUAUUUUUUGGUGCAGGUAUUUCCGUACAUUUCUAUGGAUAUAUGCCCGUUGUAUGUUUUGUUCAUUGUUAAAUACUCAAUGUAUUUGUAAUUUCAGUGGCAUUUUAUGAAAUGAUGCAAAAAAACAAACAAAAAAUCUUUAUAUUUUGCAGUCCAUUAUGAAAUUGUGAGUCUAUUCAAAUGUUUUGUCACUAUAUCUGUUCAUAAUUUUGGUAAUUCCAUCCACGGGAGGAUGUAAAAAAUACAAUAAAAAUGAAAACAAAAAGAA